AGGACAAAAGCAAGCAGAGGGCAUGUCAGGUGGAGUGGUGUUUCGCAAUCUCUUUCCCCAGUACUUCUGCAGACUGGCCGAACCUACUAUCCCUUGGGUUCCGCAGCUGUGUAAAUCUAGCACCCAUCUGACGCUAAAUCGCCCUCCUCGAUGGGUCUACCAUCCAUGCCGGACGCUUCACCUGUGUCCCGCGCUGAAUGCAGGUCACAACAAGUGGUCCAAAGUAAAAGACAUCAAAAUUCCCAAAGAUGCUGCACGAGGCAGAAUGAUCAUGAAGUACACAAUGAUGAUCAGAAUAGCUGUCAAAGAGGGCGGACCCAACCCAGAGUAUAAUAUAGCGCUGGCGAACCUCAUUGAGCAGUGCAGGAGCAAAAGCUUUCCCAAGGCCACGAUAGAGGCAGCUAUCAAAGGAGCGGAGAAGGCAAAGGCGGGCACGCAGUAUCUGUACGAAGGUCACGGACCUGGAGGCUGCAUGCUACUGAUAGAGGUCUUGACAGACAACAACACUCGGUCCCACCAGGAGGUCAAACGAAUCAUGAGCAAACACGGUGGGGCACUGUGUGAUGGGGCACGGCACAGCUUUGACAGGAAGGGUGUCAUUGUGGCAACACAGGAGGGGGUGACCUCUGAGAGAGCUUUGGAGCUAGCAAUUGAGGCAGGAGCUGAAGAUGUACAGGAGACUGAGGAUGAGGAGGAGAAGGCAAUUUUACGGUUUAUCUGUGAUAAGGCCUCCAUGCGUGUGGUACGGACCGCUCUGGAGGAUCUAGGGGUGCGUACCCUCUCUGCUGGGUUGGAGUUUGUGUCCCACACCCACACUGUCCUUUCUCAAGCUCAGCUAGAAACUGCCUCUACUCUGCUGGAGGCUCUCAACGACUGCCCAGACGUGGUCCGGCCCAGCCUCCUGAACUCAACCUCAGAUUCAGAGCUCAUGAAGAGUGGAGUCGUUCACCGCUUCCCGCCAUUUACCCUCAAUUUUCGACGCCUUGGGCGAUCCAGCACCGCAACCUCGCCCCCAAACAUUGAGCUUGUCAACCAUGCCAAGGUGAAGGAGCGCACACAGAUCGUCACAGAGAAGGUCACACAGGUCCUAUCUCUUGGUGCUGAUGUGCUUCCCGAAUACAAGCUCCAGACCCCAGACAUUCAUAAGUGGAUCAUGCUGCACUACAGUCCGUUUAAGGCAGUGUGGGACUGGGUUAUCCUGCUGCUGGUUCUCUACACGGCCGUGUUCACACCCUAUUCAGCCGCUUUCCUGCUGAAUGAGCUUGAGGAGGAGAGAAGACGCACCUGCGGCUACACUUGUAACCCACUCAAUGUGGUGGACGUCAUUGUGGACGUCUUGUUCAUAGUGGACAUUGUCAUAAACUUCAGGACAACAUAUGUCAAUCAUAAUGACGAGGUGGUGACACAUCCUAAGCGUAUUGCCAUCCACUAUAUCAAGGGUUGGUUCCUCAUAGACAUGGUGGCUGCCAUACCUUUUGACCUGCUCAUCUUCAAGUCUGGAUCGGAUGAGACAACAACUACCCUGAUUGGCCUUCUGAAGACAGCAAGGCUACUGCGAUUGGUCCGUGUUGCCAGGAAACUGGAUCGGUACUCGGAAUAUGGAGCAGCUGUUCUGUUCCUGCUUAUGUGCACGUUUGUGCUGAUUGCCCAUUGGCUGGCUUGUAUCUGGUAUGCCAUUGGCCAUGUGGAGAGACCCUACAUGAAGACUGGUUGGCUGGAUAACCUAGCUGAUCAGCUCGGGAAACAUUACAAUGACAGUGAUGCAAGCUCAGGACCAUCUAUAAAGGACAAAUACGUCACAGCACUCUACUUCACCUUCAGCAGCCUGACAAGUGUGGGCUUUGGAAAUGUCUCUCCCAAUACUAAUUCUGAGAAGAUCUUCUCCAUCUGUGUUAUGCUCAUUGGCUCUCUGAUGUAUGCCAGCAUAUUUGGAAACGUCUCAGCAAUCAUUCAGCGGCUGUAUUCUGGAACGACACGUUACCAUACUCAGAUGCUGCGAGUCAAAGAGUUUAUCCGCUUCCAUCAGAUACCUGGUGGCCUGAGGCAGAGACUGGAGGAGUAUUUCCAACACGCUUGGUCCUAUACCAAUGGAAUCGAUAUGAACGCUGUGUUGAAGGGUUUUCCAGAGUGUUUGCAGGCUGAUAUCUGUCUGCAUUUGAACCGCAAUCUGUUGCAGAACUGUAAGGCAUUUUGCGGGGCCAGUAAAGCAUGUCUGCGUGCCCUCGCUACGCGUUUUAAAACCACCCAUGCCCCACCUGGUGACACACUCUAUCACCAAGGCGACCUUCUCACCGCACUCUAUUUCAUCUCCCGUGGAUCUAUCCAGGUGUCCCGCCAUGAAAUGGUGCUUGCCAUUCUGGGUAAGAACGAUAUUUUUGGGGAGCCAGUACACAUGUAUGCUGAGCCUGGUCGGUCUAACUCAGACGUGAGAAGUCUUACCUACUGUGACCUCCAUCGUAUCCAGAGAGAUGACCUCCUGGAGGUACUGGACAUGUAUCCAGCCUUUGCCGAAAACUUCUGGAGGAACCUGGAGAUCACAUUCAACCUCAGAGAUGCAGAUCAAGGCAUCCAGAUGCUCCCUAGUGAGGAUUCUGAUUGCGAUUAUCACAGCAGUCGCCCGAGACACCGUAAAAAUUCACUCGACCGCCGCAACAGGCCUGAUGGGAUGGAUCAAACGGACCGUUAUGCAGCUCAGACGUGCCAGACGAUGGGUCAUCACCAGUCCUCCGCUCCUCAUGCCCAAUGGGACGAGCUCUGCAGCUGUGGCACCUCCAGCUCACAGUCAAAUGAAGACCUCAGUAAGCCCCCACUUGCCCAUGGCCACUUGUACACCCCUGAAGGAGACACCCUUGAUUACCCUCCCUCUGUGGUGCGGCUGAUGCCUCCAAACAGUACCAAGGGGGUAGGCAGGGAGGCUGCGAACCCGCUCUCUGUUCCUGGCCUGUACCAUUUCUGGCCUGACAGAAGCUCCACACAGUUUGCUGAGCGAUCCUGGCGGUCCUCCUCAGUAAGAGCUUCAUAUCAUCCACCGCCGUUUGCGGAAGAACGCCCGAGUGAACUCGAGUCAAGGCUAGAACUAUUACAGAGCCAGCUCAACCGGCUGGAGACCCGUAUGACAGCAGACAUAAAUGUAAUCCUUCAGCUCCUCCAGAGACAGAUUGCGCCCGUGCCCCCAGCAUACAGCAGCGUUUCACCCGCCAACCAUCCCCCGGACCCAUCCACGCUGUAUGGGACAAGCCCGCCAGUACUGCACAGCAUGUACCCCAUCCCAAACAUUCAGAGGGACAGCCGAGCUCCCGCCAUGCAGAACACCAUCCAGUCCGAUAACAAACCUACACAGAAAUCCCAGGAAUCUCUGUCCAGUGGCAUCCAUGUGACCGUGGCCUCUGAUGAUGAAGAAGGCGUACUUGUUACUCCCGAGAAAGAACCUGAUGUAGUUCCUGUCCUCGAAAGCACAUCCACUCUGAUAAACACACCAGGACUCUGUGCUUCCCUACGCUUUCCCUCUUUGCCAGGCAACCUGGAUACCACCACAUACCUGACUGAUAUCCAAAAACACGUCUCUGAUCCCGUUUUGCCUGUUAAAUAA